AUGACCAGAGGCCUAGGUAGACAUUUAUCAAGAACAAAAGCUCACAGAGAUGCGCUCUUAAGAAAUAUGGCUACACAGCUGUUGCAGCAUGGAACUAUCAUGUCGACCACUCCAAAACUUAAGGAAACACAAAAAUACGUAGAAAGAAUCAUCACUAUCGCUAAACAUGGUGUGCAAAAUGGUACUCCACAGAAGAGUAUUCCAGAACUACAAAGUAGACUAUACCUAUCUGGUGACAACUCAAAUCUAUUAAAGAAGUUGUUUGAAGAGAUAGUUCCAAGAUACAUAUCCAGAGAUGGAGGAUACACUCGUGUGAUGAAGGUUGAACCAAGACUCAGUGACAGAGCUCCUCAAGGAAUUCUUGAGCUUGUGGACGCGCCAGUCCAAUCCAGCGAUGGCCAGCUAUUAAAAGGAAAUAUGAAGCUAUGGCUUUUGACCAAAAAUUGCAUGCAACAAAUAGAAGAAGAGGGUCAAAAAUUAACUCCAAACACAGUAAAGAACUUGAAGAAAAUGACACAUAACAAGUCGGUAGACGAAUUGAUGACUGAUAUUGGCGUUGUAAGAAAAUAUUUAAUUGAGGCCGCAGAACCGGAAGGUGAAUUCAACGAAGAGAAACACAAGGCCUUCUUGGAGACUGUCAAGAAUGAAAUACUGAACUUCAGUGCUCCAAAGCAGGAACAAUUGGGAUACAAAUUCGUAGAAAGGCCAACUCAACAGUAG